GCUCCCUAUGGCGGCUGAGGGGGAGCGGUGAGGGGGUCGGGCCCGGUGUCCGCCAUGGAGCUGGGCGCCCGCUUCGGGAGCUACGAGGAGUUCAGGGAGCGCUUCCGCGCCUACAAGCUGUCGCAGCGGUACCGGUACGGGCUGCAGAGCUGCGUCUCGGUCCGGUGGCACAACCGGCAGCACGGCACGGCCGUCCGGGAGGAUGUCAGGUUCAUGCAGGUGAAGUUUGUUUGUGGCCGGACCCAAAAAUACACCAGGAAGAGAAAGAUGCAGCCCAACUUAUGUCCGGCUUAUUUUGUGUUGCAGUAUAAGGAGGACAUAGACCAGCUGGUGAUCAGUGAACUGAACGGUGACCAUGUCCACUCGGACAUGGUGCGUUCCCUGACCAGAGCCCCCGCCGUGACGGCAAGCACCGUGGCGUGCAACGGCCCCGUGACAAAACUGCGUGAGCGGCGGCGGGCGGGUGGGACCCACAGCAGGGCCACGGUGGAUGAGAACUCGCACGCGGGACAGCCGGAGGACAGGGCGGCUGCUCCACGCGGGACUCCCAAGCUCCACGAGGUAGCAAAGGAAAAUGCCUUGGCCUCCACGCUUGUUAGGGUUGCUGAGGUCAUGAAAACCUUCCUGAGGGUGGACAGGGGCUCGCUGGCAUCAAUUAGCGCAGACGGCAACCACGGCCUGGACAGGCUCAGCUUCCAGACCAGCAAGAUGAAGAGCUCGUUUAUGCAGUUCCCCGAGAGCCUCCUGCUGCACCGGGCACUGAGCGAGGGGGGUCACGUCCUCUAUGCUUUCCUUGUAGAGAGUAAGGAGCGAGUGGGGAAAGUGGUGCACUUGUCGCUGCUGAAGGAUGACAAGGGACACAGGGUCAGGAAAAUGCUGACCGUCUUCAAGGAGUUCAACCCCGAGUGUCAGAAGGUCCAGGCUGUUUUUGUGGACGUGUCCUUCUUUCACACAGCCAUCCUCCACGAGCUCUUUCCCUCUGCCCAGGUGCUCCUUUCUGUCUAUCACGCUGUCCGACUGCUCGAGAAGAACGUGAAGGAAGCGGAAAUCUCCUCCUCCCUCAAGCGGAGCUCGAUGCUGGCCUUGCAGAAAGCCGUGUUUUCCCCUUCGGCGGCAAGCCUGGAGGCCCUGUCCCAGCUGGUGAAGCGCGUGGUCAGCCCGGAGCUGUACGACCACCUGCGAGCCAACUGGUUCUCCUGCGAGCUGCUGUGGUGCUUGCACAUGGAGAAGGGUCUGCGCUCCUGCAGCACGCUCAUGGAGAGCCUGGACCUCGUCACACACCGCAUAGCCACUCUUUUUGGCCACCAGCUGUCCUUGGAGGCGAGCGUCCUUCGUUUUCUGGAGUGUGCGGACAGCCUGGACUCCAGAGGCUUCGGAAGCCCAGAGUGGUGUUUCCCAAGCAGCAAGGAGGACGGCUGGAGGUGCCUCCAGGAGAAGCCCAGCGCGAGUGCCGGUGCUGCCGCACAACCAGGCCCCAUCUCUGGCUCCCCGGCUCUCGCUGCGUGCCCCAAGCCCGCGGGGCAGGCUGCUGCGGCGGGGACGAGCCGCGUGCUGGCCGUGCUGCAGGAGAGCUGCACGGAGCUGGGCUCCUGGCUGUGCCGCGGGGAGUGGGAGGUGGUGCGGGGGUCCACCCAGCUGCUGAGCGCCGCGCAGGGCUGCCUCGCCGUUCGGCUGCUGGAGGACACGCACCAGAUGGGGCCGGUACUGCUGUGCACGCUGCUGCUGGGGCUGGGGCUGGUCUGCGCCGCCCCCCCGGGCCACGAGGUGACGUUCCUGCCGGGGCUGGCCAAGCAGCCCGCCUUCCGCCACUUCUCGGGCUACCUCUGCGCCGGGCCGGGCAAGCACCUGCACUACUGGUUUGUGGAGGCCCAGAGCGACCCCCAGAACAGCCCCUUGGUGCUGUGGCUCAACGGGGGCCCCGGGUGCAGCUCCAUGGAGGGCUUCCUGAAGGAGCACGGCCCCUUCCUGAUCCAGCCCGACGGGGUCACGCUGAAGUACAACGACUACGCCUGGAACAAGAUCGCCAACAUGCUCUACCUGGAGUCUCCCGCGGGCGUCGGCUUCUCGUACUCCGAUGACAAGAAGUACGCCACAAACGACACCGAGGUUGCUCGCAACAACUACCUGGCGCUGAAGGAUUUCCUCCGGCUCUUCCCCGAGUACUCCAAGAACGAUCUCUUCCUCACGGGGGAGAGCUACGGGGGGGUCUACAUCCCCACGCUGGCCGAGUGGGUGAUGCAGGACCCCAGCCUCAACCUGAAGGGAAUCGCUGUGGGAAAUGGCCUCUCAUCCUACGAGAUCAAUGACAACUCCCUGGUUUACUUUGCCUAUUACCACGGCCUGCUGGGGACCGAGCUGUGGAAGGACUUGCAGGCCUUCUGCUGCUCCCAAGAGAAGUGCAACUUCCAUGACAGCUCCAACCUGAACUGCACGCUCAAGAUGGAGGAGAUGAUUCAGAUUGUAGAAGAGUCCGGCCUCAACAUCUACAACCUCUACGCCCCGUGCGACGGCGGUGUCCCUGGCAGCCUGAGGUACGAGGGUGAUUAUCUCAUCACACACGACCUGGGCAACUCCUUCAUCCGGAUGCCGAUGAGGUUCUCGUGGCGGCAGAACCUGUUCCGGAUGCCGGUAGCUCGGAACAAGGUCCGGAUGGACCCGCCCUGCACCAACUCCACAGCCCCCAGUACGUAUCUGAACUCCCGGGAGGUGAGGAAGGCUCUGCACAUCGCCCCCGAGGCCCCGGAGUGGCAGGUCUGCAGCUUCGAGGUGAACCGCGGCUACAAGCGCCUGUACAUGCAGAUGAACGACCAGUACCUGAAGCUGCUCGGAGCCACGAAAUACCGCAUCCUGGUCUACAACGGGGACGUCGACAUGGCCUGCAACUUCCUCGGGGACGAGUGGUUUGUGGACUCGCUCUGCCAGAAGGUGCAGGUGGCUCGCCGGCCCUGGCUCUACACUGAGGGAGGCGAGAACCAGAUCGGGGGCUUCGUGAAGGAAUUCACCAACUUGGCCUUCCUCACCGUCAAGGGAGCCGGGCACAUGGUGCCCACGGACCGGCCGCUCGCUGCCUUCACCAUGUUCACCCGCUUCAUUAAGAACGAGCCCUACUAGGAGGGGGGGAGGCAGCGCCUGGCGCCCCGGCACCUCCCGCGCCGCCCGUCCUCGCUGCAGCUCAACUGUGAAACGAGUCACUCCUGCAGCUGGGGGGCUCCCCCCCGGCCCGGGGGCCGGCGCCGGGCUGGGCGCGGUGGUGGGGGGUGACGAGCCCCCAGGGCUCUGUCCUCGCUGGGUGAGGAGCCAGGGCUGGGUCCCUGCUGCAGCCUGGCCUCCUCCCCGGCCGGGCCGGCAGCGCCUCCCCCCGGGCCGGAGCAGGCCCCACCGCUUCCCCACGGCCCCCGCACGCACACAGCCCUGGGUGGGCUCCGAGGCAGCUGCCCCCCCGGCAGGGAAGCUCCGUUCCCGGGGCGGCUGCGGGCAGCUGGGCGCGCUUCCUGCAGGGGCUUUCUGCUCCCCCCAACCUGCUCCCACACCUGACCCCGGUGAAGGAGGCUUACCACGAAGACAAUCCCCCCCCCACCCCGCGGGCACGCAGUGCUUCUGGGAACUCGCAAUAAACUGUCUGAACAAG